UCGAAAUGUCAUUAUCUCGGAUGAUCCACUGGCCAUUGGAGCUGUUGCUGUGUUCCCGUUCCCGGUUCUGGUUCCGGCGGCGCUCACGGAUGAGACGAGACGAUGGCUGGUCAGUGUUCCCCAAAUCCCCAGUGGGGAGAGGGAGGGUGUGAACAGUGGAGCAAGCCUGAACACCGGGCGCGGGCUGGGCAACGACGUGGCGCCGUCCCUCCAUCCGAACCGCAUGCCAUGUCUCCGAUUGCUUCCCCCUCCGAUGCUGUCCACUCCAUUACCAAGAAUAGUACUCCAAUCGGAUCCAUGUAUUGGAGAAGAGGGAGCUCAACCAACCAUCCAUGGAUUGGUGCUAGAAACAACAGGACUGGCCGAGAGGGAAGAGCGGAGGAGGGGCAGCUCUUGCAGCUUCGGGAGGCUAGUCUCGGCUAGGGGAUUUCUGAUCGCCUCCUGUCCUCUCCUCUCCUCUCCUGCCCUGACGCAACGCCGCCUCCCUCCGCCAUUCGCGUCAGUGACAUUUAUUCCUUUCAAUUCAUUCAGUCCAUGCCCUUCACACAAUCAAAAUCGAAUCUUGGUUGCACAACUGGAACAACGGACAUCGGUUUUCCCCGCUCAACAUAGGCACGUAUUUAUCUGAAAGCACAGCACAUUGGGAGCAAGAACGGCAGCACAUUGCCAGGACAGAAAUCAUCCUGACGUUCUUCGUAAGUCGGCCGUUUAGACCAGGCUGACAAUGUCAGCUUCUGAGUUCAGGAUUCCAUACCAGCAAGUUUCUUCUUCACAGCCUACUGAGAAUGCAAAUCAGUUUAAGACCUGUCGAUGUGGGGAGGGAGACCCGAACUCCACAUCUGAAACUGGUGACAGCCCGCCGACCUCUUGUCCUAGUUGCCAGGUUCUUAAGAGUGGACAUUUACUACUUUCAUCUAAAGGAAUUGGAUGGACAUCAUGGAAAAAGCGCUGGUUUAUUCUUACAAGGGCAUCCCUAGUGUUCUUCAGAAGUGACCCUAAUGUGCCUCCACCCAGAGGAGCUGAACCAAUUGUUACACUUGGUGGAAUCGACUUGAAUAGCUCCGGAAGUGUUGUCGUCAAAGAAGAAAGGAAACUUUUGACAGUGUUCUUUCCUGAUGGCCGUGAUGGACGAACUUUCACUCUGAAGGCAGAAACCACAGAAGAUCUAAAUGAGUGGAGAAAUGCACUGGAGAGUGCUCUAGCACAGGCACCCAGCGUAGCAAAUACAAUGGGGCAAAAUCCAAUAUUCAGUACUGAUGUAGCAGCAGAACCUGCUGAAGCUCCAGCUGAACAGUCGGAGGACAGUUCUGUUAUUGGCAGACCUGCAGAAUUUGCACUAGUAGAUGCUGAUGGUAGUCCAUCAUUUCUGGAGAAGGCCCUGAAGUUCAUUGAAGAUCAUGGGGUCAAGGUAGAGGGCAUCCUGCGUCAGUCUGCUGAUGUUGAAGAAGUCAAACGCAGAAUUCGGGAUUAUGAAAAGGGGAAAAACGAGUUCUCCCCAGAAGAGGAUGCUCAUGUUAUUGGUGACUGUAUUAAGUAUGUUCUUCGAGAGAUGCCAUCAUCUCCGGUUCCUGCAUCAUGUUGCACUGCCCUGGUUAAAGCAUACCGAACUGACAAGGCAAGAAGACUUGAUGAGAUAAAUCGGGUGAUAUAUGAAGUUUUCCCAGAACCAAAUCGACAAUUGUUGCAGAGGACUCUCAAGAUGAUGCAAAUUGUUGAGUCACACAAAGCUGUGAAUAGGAUGUCUCAAUCUGCUUUGGCAGCUUGCAUGGCACCACUCCUUCUUCGACCUCUUCUUCUUGGAGAAUGUGACAUAGACAAUGAAUUUAGUAUGGGAGGGGACAGUUCAUUCCAGCUACUUCAAGCUGCUGCGGCUGCGAAUCAUGCACAAGCUAUUGUUAUUAUUAUGAUGGAGGAAUUUGAUCAGAUAUUUGAUGACUUGGAAGAAGGUUCCUGUUCUUCAGAUGCUUAUACCGAGUCUGAGGAUGAUGAUGUUGAUAAGGAAUAUUCCACAGAUAAUGACAUCCAUGACGACGAUGGUUCUUAUGAUUCUGGUGAAGAUGACAUUGAAGAAGACUUGGACUACUCUGAUGACAGUGAACAUGAGAUCAACGCUAAUGUAAAGGAUGGCAAGGUUAAAAGCAAUAUCUCAGAAACUGCAGAAGGCGCACAGGCAGAGGACAAUAGUCAAUCCAACCAGAAACAAGAAUCAUGUGGACCAAAUGGAUCCAAAGAUCGUAUACUAAGAUCAACUUCUCGUUCAUCAGCUUCCAGAGAAAAAUCUAUGGACAAGGGCAAAAGAACCUUAUGGGGCCGUACUUCAGCAAGAAAAGACCUGUCAACAGAGGAGAUUGAAUGCUGCAGCGAUGAUGAGACCCUCAUUGAGAAACUUGAGAGCAGCAAGAUUGAUCUCCAAUCGAAAAUUGCAAAGGAGGCCAAAGAAAAUGCAAUCCUACAGUCAAGUCUAGAAAAGCGGAAAGAAGAGCUACAUGAGCGCCGUUUAGCACUUGAAAAAGAAGUUGAAAGCUUGAGGGAUCAGCUGCAGAAGGAGAGAAAUUUGAGAUCAUCCUUGGAGUCUGGGGUGAUGAAUUUGCGAAGAGACGACAAGACUAAGGCUGAUCUUGAGGAAGUUACGACUGCUGAAUCUGAUAUUAUGAACUUGAAGCAAGAGGUUUCUGAUCUUCAUGGGCAGGUUAGCAGCCAGCAGCUGUGCUGUGAAUCAUGCAACAAACGGCUCCUAAAUACAGACAGGCUUGGCAGACCUGAAAGCUUAUCAGUGGAAGCGUCACCGACUGUUGGGAGUGAUUCUGCAUCUGACAUUGGUGAUACUGAGCAAUCAAGGAAGCAAACCGCGCAGGAUUCGCCUUCUUCAGCAGCCAAGCCAGGUCAUGAGGCGGUCGGGAGCAUCAGCCACAGGGCUCCUCAAAGAAGGCAAUCGAUUGCCAAGGAGGGCCAAGAUGGGUCCUCGUCAUCAUCCUCUCAUUCGAAGUGGAAUCUUGCGCAGAAACAAUAUUCAAAUAGCCCAUUGAUAAGAGGGCUUCAUGGAUCCAGCAGACUAGAGGAUUUCGGUGGAAGCAUACCACCAGCAGCGUCAACGGCAUUAGUAAAACUGACAAACCGGCUCAACUUCCUGAAAGAACGGAGGGCGCUGCUGGCAAGCGAGAUGCAGAGCUUGGAUUUGGGUCGGCCCCCAGCUGCUGUUGCUCCAGCAGCCAAGUCCCCAUCACCAAAAGGCCAUGAAAGGAAGAAGAGUUGAGCCUGAUGAAGAAGAAUCGAUGUUAGUCUAUCCCUGGUGUGCUCUUAUGAAUGCUAGACGGGUUAGUUAGCCUAUGAUUGAACCACCAGUGUAGUUUGUGUGCAUCCCAUUCCCAUCCUCAGUGCUGUCUGUACAUGUUUCCACAAAUUCUGCUGCUUCAAACUUGCAGAUACAUAUAGAUAUGGAUUUAACGUC